AUGGCGUCGAACCCCACAAACACCACUGGCCAUACAGGUGGACUCGACGAGAAGAAAUAUGACCGCCGUUCAACAUCGUCCGGCUCCGCCUCAGGAACCGCUUACGAACAUGAAGACCGCGUCGGAAUUUCGAACCAACAACCCAACUCCGAGAAAGCGCGACUAGAAGCCUCAAAGAAGUUGGCGAAUCCCUUAGCUGGCUUGAGCCCUGAGCGUCUCGAGAAGAUGGGAGCAGAAUAUGCACAGAUGGCCGGCCUCACCAGCGAGGAGGACGUCAGAGCUUUCCGACUCGGAGCCAGAAUCGCCGGCGAUGAGAGCAACUAUGAUACGAUGCCGGAACUUACUGAACGGGAGAAAGAGGUGUUGGUGCGCGAAACCACUCACAAAUGGUCCAACCCACCUAUGCUUUACUGGGUUGUCGUUAUCUGCUCUCUAUGCGCUGCUGUCCAAGGAAUGGACGAGACGGUCGUUAACGGUGCCCAGCUCUUUUACAAAGACAAGUUCGGCAUCGGUACAGAUAGCCAGAGAGACACCUGGCUUCUGGGUCUCGUCAACUCGGCUCCCUACCUUUGCUGUGCCAUUCUCGGCUGCUGGCUCACUGACCCGAUGAACAAAAAGUUCGGCAGACGAGGCACCAUCUUCAUCUCGUGCGUCAUAUCCGCCGUUGCCUGCUUCCAUCAAGCUUUUACCAACACCUGGUGGCACAUGUUCAUCGCCCGCUUCUAUCUCGGCCUAGGCAUCGGCCCCAAGUCAGCCACCACCCCCAUCUUCGCCGCCGAGUGCUCCCCUCCCAAGCUCCGUGGUGCUUUGGUAAUGCAAUGGCAGAUGUGGACAGCCUUCGGCAUCAUGGUCGGCUACAUCGCCGACCUGGCCUUCUACUUUGUUCCCGACCACGGAAUCAGCCUGGGUCUGAACUGGCGUCUGAUGAUGGGCUCGGCCAUGAUCCCCGCCGUCAUCGUCUGCUGCCUCGCCUUUCUCUGCCCGGAGUCACCUCGCUGGUACCUCAGCAAGGACCGACACCAGGAUGCCUUCGCGGCGCUCUGCCGUCUGCGCUUCGAAAAAGUCCAAGCCGCCCGCGACCUCUUCUACACUCACACCCUCCUCGAAGCCGAGAAGCAAGCCAUGUCAGGCAUCAAGAAGGGCAACCGCUUCAAGGAACUCUUCACCGUGCGGCGCAACCGCAACGCGGCCAUCGCCUCGUCGGGGCUCAUGUUCAUGCAGCAGUUCUGCGGCGUCAACAUCAUCGCUUACUAUUCCUCGGCCGUCUUCCAAGACGCCGGCUUCAGCGACGUCUCGGCGCUGGCCGCCUCGCUGGGGUUCGGCGUCAUCAACUGGCUGUUCGCCAUCCCGGCCUUGUACACCAUCGACACCUUUGGUAGGCGCAAUCUGUUGUUGACCACCUUCCCGCUCAUGUCCCUCUUUUUGUUUUUCACCGGCUUCAGCUUCUGGAUCCCCGAGGACUCCAAAGCCCACGUCGGCUGCAUCGCUCUGGGCAUCUACCUGUUCGGCAUUGUAUACUCCCCCGGCGAGGGUCCUGUGCCGUUCACUUACUCGGCCGAGGCCUACCCGCUGUACAUCCGGCCGAUCGGCAUGUCCCUUGCCACCGCCACUACCUGGUUCUUUAAUUUCGUUCUAUCCAUUACCUGGCCGAGCAUGGUCACGGCCUUCAAGCCGCAGGGCGCGUUUGGCUGGUAUGCCGGGUGGAACAUCAUCGGGUUUCUGUUCACGUUGUUCUUGGUCCCCGAGACCAAGGAAAAGACGUUGGAGGAGCUCGAUCAUGUGUUUGACGUGCCAUUGAAAAAGUUGGUUAGGUAUGGAGCGGAUCAGAGCUUGUGGUUCUUCCAUAGGGGGAAGAAUGGAAAGGGGAUGAGGCCGACGGUGCCGAGUGCGGAGAUGUAUCAUGGGGAUGCGGAGAAGAUGGAUGAGGUGGUUGGCGGGAUUGCUGGGGAGCGUGAGAGGGAGAAGAGGUACAACAAAGAAAGAGAGAGGGAAGGGGGAAUUAUGGGACGGGGGGACGCUGCUGGGAGGGUUUAA